CCCUCUCGCGUCUUUUGGUUUCUUGAUGCUCUCCGGGCUCACGUCUUUAUGGGUUUCUGACAAACCACUCUAGCCCUCAGAUGAGCAGCUCUGGAUAUACACAAGGAUUGUGUGUCUUGCCGAUCAGGGGACGCCUGUGGAUCAUGUUUCCGUGAAUACUGACAGAAAUAAAGCGUAUUUCACGUAUCUGCUCUCUCACCGUGUCAGUCUGUAUGCAUUUGCGCGCGCACUGGGAGUUUCCGUCAAUCUACGGAUGAGACACCGCUGGAAGUCAGAGCUUCUGUGGCACAACUUUUCUGAUUUAUUCGUCUCAGAGGAUCGGCAAUUUUGUAAAACGAAGGAAAAACAGGACAAUGAUUCUGCGACGGGGUCAUUCUCACGGAUUUCUAAUCCACCUGUUUCUGCUGGUUUUAUGGCGUGCAUGUUCUGAGGCAGAAGUAUCCGGCUCAGAUGCCUUUAAAAAUAACAUUACCCUCUUCACGCGGAUCUUGGACCGGCUUUUGGAUGGCUACGACAACAGGCUGAGACCUGGUCUUGGAGAUCGAGUGACAGAGGUGAAGACUGAUAUAUAUGUGACCAGUUUUGGACCAGUGUCCGAUACAGACAUGGAAUACACAGUGGAUGUGUUUUUCCGACAGCGAUGGACAGACGAGCGGCUCAAGUUUCACGGGCCAAUGAACAUCCUGCGUCUCAACAACCUGAUGGCCAGUAAAAUCUGGACUCCAGACACUUUCUUUCAUAACGGCAAGAAAUCUGUGGCUCACAACAUGACCAUGCCAAACAAACUCCUGCGCAUCAUGGAGAACGGCACCUUACUCUACACCAUGAGGUUGACUGUUCAAGCUGAAUGCCCAAUGCAUCUUGAGGACUUUCCAAUGGAUUUCCAUUCAUGUCCACUUAAAUUUGGUAGCUAUGCGUACACCCUGACAGAAGUGACGUACGUUUGGACACGUAAUGCCACCCUGUCAGUGGAAGUGGCUCCGGAUGGAUCUAGACUGAACCAGUACGAUCUGAUGGGACAAACUGUUGGCAAAGAAACCAUUAAGUCCAGCACUGGUGAAUAUACAGUAAUGACUGCCCAUUUCCAUCUGAAGCGGAAGAUCGGAUACUUUGUGAUCCAGACGUACCUGCCCUGCAUUAUGACCGUCAUCUUAUCUCAAGUCUCUUUUUGGCUCAACAGAGAGUCAGUUCCGGCACGCACAGUUUUUGGUGUGACUACAGUGCUAACCAUGACCACUCUGAGUAUCAGCGCUCGAAACUCUUUACCGAAGGUGGCCUAUGCUACAGCCAUGGACUGGUUCAUCGCAGUGUGCUACGCCUUUGUUUUCUCUGCUCUCAUUGAGUUUGCCACAGUGAACUACUUCACCAAGCGCGGCUGGGCCUGGGACGGAAAGAGCAUUGUGAAUGAUAAGAAAAAAGAGACGUCCGUUAUGAAAAAGAACAAUGCGUAUGCAGUCGCUGUGGCAAACUACGCACCCCACAUUGCAAAGGACUCUGCUUUGCCCACUGUCUCUAAAAGCGCUACACCAGAGCCCAGUAAAGCACAACCGGUGGCCAAAGAAACAAAGAAGACCUUCAACAGCGUCAGCAAGAUCGACCGUAUGUCCCGCAUUAUCUUUCCAGUGCUCUUUGGCAGCUUUAACUUAGUUUAUUGGGCAACAUAUCUUAACAGAGAACCUGUAAUUAAGAACAUGGUACCCUCCCCGUGAGCCACUAGCUAUUGCGAAAUACAAUCAAUCACAGUAUAAUACAUGCAAAACAGGAUACAUAAUAUAAAAAAUCUAAAAACCAAAAUUUUGUACAAAUUCCUCAGUGUUCUUCUGAUAUUUCUGUAUCACAGCAUUCUAAAGUGAUUGCUCUUUGCAGCCUCCUUAAAAUCUCGCCACUGCCAGGACAAUUUAGCAUACUUUAACCGGACAAAUCAACUUUUUUUCACAGCUUUAUUUUUGUAUGUUGUGGUGUGUUUAACGGAUUUCCUUGCCUUUUUAUGCAAUGUUUACUGGCAUUUUCAUACAAACUGCAUACGUGUGUUUUUUAUGUACGUUUGUGUGUUAUAUAUUUAUAAUAUUUUAUCUUGCAUUUAAGCAAAGUGUUUGUCUAUGUCAGUAUUUCGGGUAAAACGUGAAUAAGCUCACAGCUAUGGUGCAUGAAAAGCUAUGUUUCCAUCCACAUGCUUUUGGGAUAUUGAACAACAAUGUGAUCAACAUUACAAAAUGUGUGUUUAAAAAAAUAAGCUUUUGUUUAAAGGAAUAAAUCAAUAAUCAAAAUCAAUAAAUCAAUAGCUACCAGCACUAAACAAAAACAAAAUGAACACAUGAAGACUAAGAGAUCUUAUGAAGCAAAGAGAUCAAUCUGUGCAAGAACAUUAACAUUAUUGAACCACAGAUUUACAUUUUUGGGUGAACUGUCUUUUUAAAGCACAUCUUUCUUUUUUUGCAGUAAGAAGACAUGCAUAUAAACUACAAUGGAAACAUAUUGAAUAAAUAUUUUGAUGACAAAAAUCUGAAUUAUGAUUUAUGUGCGGGCCACGCAGUGGCGCAGUAGGUAGUGCUGUCACCUCAUAGCAACAAGGUCGCUGGUUCGAGCCUCA